AUGUCGGCGCGGUUUUCAGUUCAACCCAUAGGCCGCUUUGCUGGUGCAAGUCAGCCUGUCAAAAAACCAAAGGAGUUUGCCUGCUUUUCAUACGACGACAACCAUGAGUUUCACCUAGACGACUCAUCUCUCAAGUACUAUUACACACCACAGCUUGGGGCUGACCUCUCCAAAGGCUUUGAUACAUUUCAGAAGCUGGACGAUACCGGAGAUGAUCACCUCGACAGUCUCCUCAAGACUAUCGCUGCACACGAGCAAGAAACAGGCAAGAAGAUCGAUGCUAACGUUGUCACAUGGAGAGGUAUGAUGACAAAGGUUCGGCUUUUCUUGCCCAUGGAUGGUCUGGCCUCAGUAGCUAAUCUACAGGCAUAG